AUGGGAAAGAAGAGAAAGCUCGAUGAAUCUGGAGAUGUUGAGGCAACUUGUGCAUCGAAGAAAGCUAAAAAGAUGUUUAACGUAAGUAAGAAUUAAUUGAAAUGUUUGUUUUUUAGACCGAGAAUGAAUACAGGGUUGAAAAAGUAAAAAAUGAGGAAACAGAACUAAGUCUACAAGACCGAAUUCAUUUUAUCAAAUCACUAAAGGAUGAUCCACGAAGUAAAGGAGUAUUAUUCGAGACAGAAGAACACCAUCAUCAUGUGUUUGGGUAUCAGAAUAUUGGUCAUCUUGAGUCCGUUCUUAGCAAAAUGCAUUCAAGAAGACUUCUGAAGCAUUCAACACAGUAUGUUCCAAUAUUUUCCUCAUCUUUUUUUAGAAGCGGGGGUGUAAUAGUUGCUUUUGGCAAGAUAACGUUGUCGAAGAGCCAGCCAAUCUACAACAUUCAUCCCUAUCUUCACGUUGAUUACCGAGUUCAGUGUUUAAUAUUGAAGUAAGUUUUUAUUAUGCAAAUAUUAUUUUUAGAGCCAAUAAAAAUACGACAUUCGAGACAAAGAUUGAAGGCAUAAAUGGUUCGAAUGCCUUCAGCACCUUUCUACAAGUGCCCGUCAUCAUCGAAGGGGUUCAAGAUGAAGAUGAAGUGGUAAAAGGGUAUAAUGUGAAUGUAACAUUCAAGAAAUUCUCCUACGAUGAAAGAUCCUCAGUUAUAAAAGCUAAAUUGACUCAUUAA